CUCCUCCCACCCCCCCGGCCUGGUGCGGCUGCCAUUGGGCGCUGGGCGGGGGAAGGUCUUGGGGCGAGCCGAGCCAGGAAGCCCGCGGCGAGCAAAGCAGUUGGGGCGGAGCUGCUGCUGCUGCUGCUGGGCAAAGCGAAAGGCAAGGCACGGCACGAUGUGGCCCGCGGCGCUGCGCUCGAGUCUCUGCAAGGCGGCCCCGAUCCGCCGCCUGGGCUGCAGACCCCUGUCCGCCGCGGCAGCCGCCGUCCCGCAGCCCAACCCACGGCCGGACGUCUCCUACAAGCAGAUUUUCAUCAACAAUGAAUGGCAUGACGCUGCCAGCAAAAAAACGUUCCCGACCAUCAACCCAUCCACGGGCGAGGUCAUCUGCCAGGUCGCUGAGGGAGAUAAGGCAGACGUGGACAAGGCAGUCAAGGCAGCCAAAGAUGCAUUCAAGUUUGGGUCUCCUUGGAGAAGGAUGGAUGCUUCCCAGCGAGGCAGACUGCUGCACCGUCUCGCUGACCUGAUCGAGAGGGACCGGGCGUACCUGGCUGCUUUGGAAACCUUGGACAAUGGCAAGCCGUACGCUAUCUCCUAUCUGGUGGAUUUAGACAUGGUCGUCAAGCAUCUCCGGUACUAUGCAGGUUGGGCAGACAAAUUCCAUGGGAAAACUGUUUCCGUGGAUGGAGACUUCUUCACGUACACAAGGCACGAGCCAGUCGGGGUCUGUGGACAGAUCAUUCCAUGGAAUUUCCCACUGCUGAUGCAGGCCUGGAAGCUAGGGCCGGCACUGGCCACGGGGAAUGUGGUGGUGAUGAAGCUGGCUGAGCAAACUCCUUUGACCGGUUUGCACGUGGCCAGUCUGAUCAAAGAGGCUGGAUUCCCUCCUGGCGUGGUGAACAUUAUUCCUGGCUUGGGGCACACAGCAGGCGCUGCCAUUGCUUCCCACAUGGAUGUCGAUAAAGUGGCGUUCACUGGCUCCACGGAGGUUGGGCACCUAAUCCAAAAGGCUGCUGCUGAAAGUAACCUGAAGAGAGUGACACUUGAGCUGGGGGGAAAGAGCCCAAAUAUCAUUAUGUCUGAUGCUGACAUGGACUGGGCUGUUGAACAAGCCCAUUCUGGGUUGUUCUUCAACCAGGGGCAGUGCUGUUGUGCUGGUUCUCGGACAUAUGUUCAAGAAGAUAUAUACCAUGAGUUUGUGGAGAGAAGUGUGGAGCGAGCCAAAGCCAGGGUGGUUGGAAACCCAUUUGACUUCAAGACAGAACAAGGACCUCAGGUUGAUGAGAGUCAGUAUAAGAAGGUCCUUGGAUACAUCAGUACUGGGAAAAAAGAAGGAGCAAAAUUGCUUUGUGGUGGCAAUCCUGCCUCAGACAAGGGCUACUUCAUCCAGCCAACUAUCUUUGGAGACGUUCAAGACAACAUGAUUAUUGCUAAAGAGGAGAUAUUUGGUCCAGUCAUGCAGAUCUUCAAGUUCAAAACCAUUGAGGAAGUCAUCAACAGAGCAAAUGACACCAAGUACGGCUUGGCGGCUGCAAUCUUCUCCAAAGACAUUGAUAAAGUGAACUACGUUUCCCAGGGUUUGCGUGCUGGAACCAUCUGGGUAAACUGUUACAACGUGUUUGGCAGCCAGGUUCCAUUUGGUGGCUACAAAGCAUCUGGACAAGGUCGGGAGGGGGGAGAAUAUGGCUUGCAACCAUACAUGGAGGUGAAAACGGUGACAAUCAAAGUUCCACAGAAGAAUUCCUAAAGGACACCUGCGACACAGGUGUAGCUGGCGUGGAAAAUGUUAGCCCCUUGCUAGCAGAAUAAGGAUACGUAGAGAAACGUCCUUCACAAAGCACACUUUAACCUCUGCAACUUAAGAAGCCUCUAUUCAAGGAGAAAAACCAUUUGCCUGUCUGCGCCUGUAUGUUACUUGGAUCUUUUUCUGUACCGAACAACAUACCUUGUAUUUGAAGUUCAGAAUAUCCGUCUGAGCCCUCUGUAAAAUGAAUUGUUGUGGUGGCACCAACUUGUAAAGACAGUUUCUGUGGCUUUCAGAAGUACCGUAAGAGGAAGUUGAUUGCUGAGGGUUUCUUUCCUUUCCUUUUCAUGUAGAACCUGAACAGCAUUUGUCUCUUUUUUUAUGUCAGAAAAUGCAACAAUCAAGUAGCCAUUCUAGAUCAAUAAGUGCUGUGAAGUUGGAUCUAUUUUUACUAGCAGCUUGUGUGAUUUUUCUGUAAGCUUAUAUGAAAUGCAUUAAACAAGUUUCAUAGUAAAA